CCGGUGCCCGUGGUGGCCGUGCCGGGCCCGGGGGUGUCGGCGGCGCUGCCCAACGGGGCCCCCCCGGGCCCCCCCCCCGCCCAUGGCCGACGACAGCAAAACCAACCUGAUCGUCAACUACCUGCCCCAGUCCAUGAGCCAGGAGGAGCUGAGGAGCCUCUUCGGCAGCCUCGGGGACAUCGAGUCCUGCAAGCUCGUCCGGGACAAGGUCACCGGGCAGAGCCUGGGCUACGGCUUCGUCAACUACGUGGAGGCCGGAGACGCCGACAGGGCCAUCGGGGCCCUCAACGGCCUCAAGCUGCAGACCAAGACCAUCAAGGUGUCCUAUGCCCGGCCCAGCUCCGCCUCCAUCCGCGAUGCCAACCUGUACGUGAGCGGGCUGCCCAAGGCCAUGGGGCAGAAGGAGAUGGAGCAGCUCUUCUCCCAGUACGGCCGGAUCAUCACCUCCAGGAUCCUCGUUGACCAGGUCACAGGUGUGUCGCGGGGCGUGGGCUUCAUCCGCUUCGACAAGCGUGUGGAGGCGGAGGAGGCCGUGCGGGGGCUGCACGGGCAGAAGCCCCUGGGGGCGGCCGAGCCCAUCACGGUGAAGUUCGCCAACACCCCCGGGCAGAAGUCGGGGG